GAGAAAACAUGGCGGAUGUGGACGCGACGAAGUCUCUGAGCGGACUGUUGAGUGGAAUAGCUCAACACGUUUAUUACAACAACACGGAAAUCACGGAGGAGCUGCUGAAGAACGAGCUGUACCGCGAGCUGUCGCACGAGGAGUUCAGGGUGUUGCACGAGAGAAUGAAAGGCCUCCUAAAGUCCAUCGCCACGGCCGACAUGGACCACGCCCAGCUGGAGGCCUUCCUCACUGCCCAGACCAGGAGGCAGGGAGGCGGCGGGCUGACCGCCGAACAGGCCGCCGCCCUCUCUCGCUUCUGGAAGAGCCAGAGAGUCCGGGUGAGGGAGAGCCUGCUGGCUCAGAGCUGCUGGGAGCCCGGCCUCAGGGGCCUCUCCUGGAGGGUGGACCUCCCGACCGCAGCCAGCCGGGGGGACGCAGACCACGGGGGCCCCGUAGCCCUGAUGGAGCUGGAGCUGGGCAGAGCCGGACAGGACUCGGAGUUUGUGUGUCUGGAGUUUGAUGAAACCAAAGUCAACCAGCUGCUGAAGAACAUGUCCGAGAUCCAGGAGAGCAUCGACCGAAUCGUUCACCGCACCUGAAACCGUGUGCGAGAGACGACGUCUGACCCGCUCUGAAUGGAUCCAACAUGGCCUCUCCACCGGCCCGCGGACUCAGAGACGACCUGUUCACACAUUAAAGGGAUAGUUUGUGAAGUGGCCUCGAUCGGUUAGUUUGUGUGUGUGUUAUCGUGUGACUUCAGCGAAUCCGAACAAACUAUUUAAAACGACAAAGUCACACAAUAAACACGCUAACCGACCGAUCGAGGCAGCGGUAGACCAGCAGCUCCUGUGUUCUGUGAAGUAAAAUCAGCUUUUUUUUUUUUUUUUUCAAUGGAGUCUGCUGGCUUUGUAGAGAACAGGCUCAGUUCCUGGUCCGUCUCAUGACGAGGUACGGCGAUGGAAAUGUCACAACCCCUGACGUCUGUAUUGAGCUCGAAGUGCAGCAGACAAAGUCCAGUUUAGACGGACAGAAGUCGGCCUGUUGUCUGCGUUCCAAGUCUCGUACUCUCUUACAAAAUACGCAACGUUGCACGCAGUGUGCGUUCAGCUGGAACAUACUACUUUGUCAUAACGUUGCACCUUGAACUUUGACCCUCUUGCUCAAAUAUCCGCUGUGCAGAGGAUUGUGGGCCAGAAUAACCAGAGCAUGAUCCAGUGAUAAACAUUACUUCCUCUACUUCAACACUCACUGUGCAUGUGGAACUUUUCACUGGUGUUUUAUCUCUUUUCUGUGGCUGUUCAGAGAGGAAGCUGCAUCACUCCCGAUGUUUAUGACAUCGACUAGAUACCUAACCUGCAAUAAAAUGCUGAAAUCAGCUCCAUAAAGAAACUCUUUAAUCAGUAACGUUUGAACCAUAAAACCCCCGCUUCAGGUCACAGUUCUGCUUUUGUGCCACAGGAUUGUAAACGCAGCCCAACUGCUGUUCAGACAUUGUUGUAAUAUUCUGUAUAUAAAAUGUUCUUACACGCAGAUUUGUGCCAAUUAAGAUUAAAAGUUGUCUUGAGAUGAUUUAAGAUGCAAAAA